GAAAGUUGAAAGUUGAAAGUGAGAGAGACUUACAUUAAUCCUGUCUAAUUUGCAUUAAACAUUUAAUUUUUCGUUCGUUAGUGAUUGAUACUUGAUACACAAAAUGUCUUCAAUUAUUUUUAAUAAUCAUUAAGAUUGAAAUUAAAUGUAUAUAUACAACGGUUUAAAUAAAGUUACGCGAACUUUGAUUGUUGCAAAGAAAUUUCAAUAAGUACUACAAAAUGGCCUACACAGUUUACCGGCAGUUUGAUAACACGGUGACCAGUACUUUAUAAGUUGGUCACAAUUUUAAAUGCGUUUGUUCCAUAGAUAUUUUAGUGUGCCUAUUCGUUUUGCAAAUAUUUAAUUAACAAUUUAUAUCCGCAGAGAAAGACAAAGUUCAUUGAUAAUGGCGGUCAUAUAAUGGUAGUGGGAAUGUUUUGAGUGUAUAGUGUAUGUAUUUAGGAUAAAUAUAUACAUACAUAUAUGUCAACUGCAGUCAAAAGUGGGCGCUAAAUUUUAAAAUAAAUCUGUAUAUAAAAUGGGUGUCAGCGAUUUGCAAACUUUUUUGGAGAGCUCGAAUUUAGAAGGCGGAGCUGUAUCUGUAGAUCUCUUAAAAAUAGCUAGAAGUGUGACCCAAAGACAACAACCACAUAAUACUAAUCGAAAAAUUAGGCCAAUUGGUAAUAAACUAAAACUUAUUGUUGAUGCUGAAAAUUGUCUAGAUCGACUAUAUGGAGGAUUUUUCUCAGACUGGGCUUGUGGUGGCCAAUGGAAUCGUAUGGUUCAGUUUUUAUCUUUGUUAACCCAGGCAAUAGAGCGUGGGAAUAUAGAAUUGGCUGUAGUAUUUAAUGGUACAAUUGAACAAUGCAGGAUGAAUGAAUGGGUUGCUGAACAAGCUAAUACUCGUCAAAAAGUAGGAAUGGUAUUAAAACAUAUCAACACUAAAGCAACACCCCCUCCAAAAGUCUGGUGGACACCUCCAACUUGUUUAAGAUCUGCUUUGAGAAUGGCUCUUCGACAUUUAGGAGUGACAGUGAUGUGCACAAUGGAUGACCAUCACCAAGAAGUAAUCGCUUAUUGUAGAGAAUAUGGUUUUCAUGGAUUAUUAGCAGAUGAUGCUGAAUAUGCUGCAUUUGACCCACCUAGAUAUUUUUCAUCAGAAUACUUAAAACUUACUUAUAAGGGAUCAAUUGAAACAAAAGAAUACAUGAUUAGUGAAUUAACGAAGACUUUAAAAAUCACACAAGAACAAGUUUGCAUCAUGGCAGCUCUUCUUGGUAACUUCUUGUUGCCAGAAAAUGAUUUACAAGAUCUGUACAAAAAACUUAAUUUGACCAAAGCUACAACUGAAAAUGGGGCCGAAGAUAAUAUUAGAAAACUUGCAGAAUAUGUUAGCAUGUUACCUUCACCCUCCAACAUGGAUUCAUUAGUUAUUGCUGUAUUUGAAUCUUUGGAAGAUAAAUGUGCCUCUAAGUUUAGACAAUCUGUACAAUAUUAUUUGAAUGGGACUGCUAGUGGCUUUUUAAAAUAUUGUACUCCUCCAAUAAAAUCCAAACCAAAAAAAAAUUCUUCAGCUCAACACAAUCAUUCCAUAGCGAACACUAAAUCUGAAGAUCAAGAUUUGGAUACAUCAGGCUUUGCAUCUGAGACUACAGAACAAGAACAAGAAACGCUCCAAAACUAUAGACAAGCCACUGCACAUUCUAUAAUUGGAGAAUUCGAAGGAUUAGAUUCAGGACUUUUAAAAAAUUCACAAAGCCAUGAUUCUUCAAUAUCUGAUUCCUCAAAAUAUAAUGGGUUUUCCAAUGGUUCAACAUCUUCAGGUAGAAAUACAGCUGGGAACUCUAGUAAUCGAAUAACUCAACCGGCUGGACCUAAUAUUAGUACAAUUACAGCAAAAGCUUCGAAAUCUUCUAGCACAAGUAGUCCAAAUCUAAUAAACCCUACUGUAUCUCCGGAUGUUCUCCGCACAGCAUCGCUGCGCCAUCAGAAAGGUUUGAUGGCUCCGUUAAUUUUACACGCAUUAAGCACGCAAGAAAUUAGACUACCCUGUUUAAUGGAAGAUGAAGGCAAUAGAGAAUUUCCUCCAAUUCACGAAAUUUACCAACCUUUAAGGCAAAGAAUAUAUGCCGUUUUGUUCAACUUACAUCAUCUAAGAUAUAUACACUCGAAGAAGAAAGAAGCGGGCGAACUUCCGGAGAACGCUGCUCAACCAGAUAUUAUCGUUAAAGAAUGGAUCUACAGCCGUUCGAACCCAUACCAGCAUGCCGAAGAGGUGAAAGCCGAACCUCUCCCGUGGGCAGUUCCCACCCUUCAGAGACUCUGGUUUGGUCCCUCGGUGGACGACAAACGACGCAGAAUGCGUGCCUUGUUAUCUUGCCUUAAUUCUGAUACACCACUUAUUCUUAAUACAGCUUACGUUCCACAGCAUAUGUUGAUCAUGGCGUGUGUGUUAAGAUAUAUUAUGUCACAGGAGAAGCCCAUUAUGCGUCGACAUGAAUUGGAUGCAUUUUUGUGCCAUGCUUUUAAUCCGAAUCUGAUGAAUCCUCAAUAUUUACAAGAGUUAACCCUGAAUGUAGUAACCAGUCGUGGAGUUCAGCUUGCAGCCUUAUUCAUGAAAGGAGUCGAUAUGGCUCUUAUAGCAAAUGAUACUUGCGGAGCACCAUUGCCUUGGCUCAUGUGUUGUCCUUGGUUAUAUUUCGAUGGAAAACUCUUCCAUUAUACUCUAACAAGAUCUGCGCAUGCCAAGAAUAUUUUAGAAGUGUGCGACAAUUACAUUGAAAGAGUGGUAAAAGUUGAACGCAUAAGGAAAGCAAUUUUGGAAGGCAUCGAUGUUAGAUUUGCCAAAAUGCCGUUGCCGCCUUUUGCUGGACCUCCUUUGCUUCGAACAUUACCACAGCACAUAUUACAAAAUAUGAAUCUGCCAACGGCUCGCAGUUCAAGCGGUUUAUCAAUCCGUCAAAGACCAAUCCCAUCUAGAGGAGGUCAGCUUCAAGUUGCAGGGGUAGUUGUUGGUUCAUGGGGUGCUAACUAUGGGUACCAAGGUGGAGUUAGGCAAAUGGUGCCUUCGGGAUACACACAGAAAGGUAGAGGUCGUGGCGGAGGUAAUAAUUCUGGAUGUGCUAGUGGUGGAGGAUAUCAGAGCUCGUAUGGAAGAGGCAGGGGACCAAAUCGUAGACCAGGAAUGCCGACCUUCCUUACGAAUAAUAGAAAGAAUCAGGGAAACAAAAAACGUAAUACUAACAAACCUAACAAAGGGCAAAAACAGCAGGGCGUCGCUUUAACUGUCAAAACUGAUGGAGGCCUUUUGGGGAAGUAAUAUAAAACGAUCAUGAGAAGUCCUCGCCCUCGCCCACCUGAAAGGAACCUAUUCCGGCUACAGUCAGUCAUUUGGGAAACAAACUAUGGAGCGUUCCAGCUCCAUUUUCGGUCGAUGUCAUCUGUGCUUGCAGGAAGCAUGGUUUUGCACCAUCCUGGUGCUCAUUUUCUAGCAACCUUAUUAGGAGUCAUUUGGGUUUGUUUGGGAACAUUUAAGUUUUGUGACUAUUUUGUGACUUUUGUAACUAUGAAGUUCAUAUCAAGACAUUUGGUUGAUUUACUUUUUUAAGAUUUAGCUUAUUUUUUUUUAUAACAUUGAAAUAUUAGUGUAUUUAGUUCUAAAACUGUUGUAUCUACGGUAAGUUCUUGUGCACAAGAAAUGAGCCCAGAAAAUUAGGUUUUUAUAUCUUAUUGUUUAUUUAGGUCGAUUUCAUGUCAUUAUAUAAAUUUAGGUUGUAUUAAUUGCUUGUUUCCCAGAUAUUUCGUUGUUCACUUGCUUUUCUUCAUUUGUUCGGUUAAUUCAGGUAGUUGUUUAGGCAAUUAUCUUAACUUCAAUUUAAUUCACAUUCAUUUGUAUAUUUAACUUUGCUUAACUCAUUUUCUUGUAUUUGAUUGAGUUAGGCUUGUGCCUGCUAAUUUAUAUAUUGUUCAUAUUUGUCGGUUUUUAAUUUAGUUGUACGUAGCAAGCGUACUAUAACCAUUUGGUAAAGAGUCUCAUGUAAGUUGUACCCUAUAUGUAAGUACGAGGUACUUAAAUAAUUUUGUAACGGGUAACAUGAUUGUUGUUAUCUUGAAUAUAACAUGUUAAAGUAUAACUUUGUCAUUUUAGAGUCACACACUAUUCAUUUUGUAACUCAGAGAUUGUGAGAUUUUUAAUAAAUUUUGUUUAUUUGGUA